AUGCUCACAAUGUGGAAUGGUUCUAUAGAUACCAAGCGUGUAAUGUCGCGUGGACUGCGUGGUAAGGAGGACAGCUUGUACCUCAAGUGGAGUGUGGUGAUGAAUCCAAGCGAGCUCCUCAAAGAGCUUGUUGGCAACCGUGAGCAUGCUCGAGCACUCUUCCAUGGACUGAGGCGCCAGGUCAAGUCUAUUCGCCACCGCUCGCAGUCCUACGAUGAUGGCCAGGUCACGAUCUAUGACCGUGUUCUCCUUCGUCUCUAUGAUGAGGGACACACGAUGCAACACUACGGUCUGCUUGAAUUUUACCUGGCCGAGUAUCUGGGGACUAAGAACUGUCACUUGGAGGAGAACAACUCUGUCAUUGCUGCCCACUUUGCUGCCCAGCGCAUCCUGGACAAUGGCCCCAUUUCUGAGAUUCCGAUCGUUGCAACCGAUAACAUGGAAGGCUCCACCGAAGACGCCGAGACUAGCAAGUCGCCACAGACCAAGUCACACCAUGUCGACAAGCUCAUCCAGGUGUACCAGAAGGCCAAGGCCGACUACUACAUCCUUGAACUCACGGAGAGCCACCGUCAGCGAACCAACAGCGUCCGAUUCCUCCGUGACACGGCUGAGAACCUUCUGCGAUACCUGAAGUCAGUCGACAAAGACCACGAUCUGAUUCCCGAAAUCGAGGACAUCAUUCAGGUCAGCCAGACACAUGCAAACCAACUUGCCGGUGGCCGUAAGCGCAAGUUUGAGCAUAUGGACAGCGACUCAAGGGGCAGCCCAAGCCUCAGCCCCUACCGACCCCACGGAUACUACAGAGACCAGCGUGGAGGAUACAACCGUCGAGACCGAUAUGUCCCUGACACCAUCACAUGGGACCACAGCCACAAGGGUGGAUGGGACCAUAGCCAUGUCAACAGAAGAACUGGAUGGGAUAGUCGGCACUUGGACUCCUACCGUCCUUAA